AUGACUCCACCACAGGCUAUCGCUAGACCGAGUCCUUCACAAACUGGCUCCCGGCUUCAGAAGGGCUCGCAUCCAAACCAUCUGAUGACCACUUUGGCAUGGCUACCCCACGCUUGGCCACACGCCGAUGCCGCCGGAAUCCUGGCCGCAGGUCUAAUGCAGCAUCUGGCCAAUGCGCAUCCGGUAAGAUUCUCGGAUAGAGGAGAGGGAGGCGACUGUAGCACACAUUACUUCUUAAUUAACCUUACAAUUAUGCAUUUUAGAAAUCUCCUCUCUAUAAACCACUCAUAA